ACAGCUUCUCCUCUGUUUCAGAGCAGAGCACCAACAGAGAGUAGUAUACCUGAAUCUCUCUCACAUUCUGUGUUUCUUAGAAAUGAUGAAGAAAACUAAAUAUCCAUCUCGAUCAGUCUAUCUUCUUACUGUUUUCUUGGUUGUAAUCUUCACCAUUUCAUUUUCUACAACUACUUGCGUUGAAGCAAGAAAGAAUCAUCACCAUAGAAAUACCAAAAAUCAUCAUGGGAACCAGCGUAGUCAUCAUGAGAAGAGAGGAAAUUUCCAUGUACCAUCUCCUUCACCUAUGCCUUCUUCAACACCUGCAUUUGAUCCUACACCACGAAACCCUUAUAUGAACAAAUCAAACAUUUUCGAUGUUUUGUCUUUUGGUGCUAAAGGUGAUGGGGUUGCAGAUGAUUUCAAGGCAUUACAAGCUGCAUGGAAAGCUGCAUGUAAAGUAGAAGGAGGAAUAGUGGAAAUUCCGUCAGAAUUCAGGUUUCUCAUAAGACCAAUUUCACUUCAAGGUCCAUGCAGACCUCACCUUGUUCUCCAGAUUGAUGGGGUCAUGUUAGCUUCACCAAAUAUAGGUUCAUGGUCAAAGUCAGAUUCAUAUCAAUGGAUAAACAUCAAAUGGGUUAAAAAUUUCACAAUUCAAGGGGGUGGAGUUGUUGAUGGCCAAGAUUUUGCUUGGUGGAAACCUAAUGAACAGCAGAAGACAUCGAAACACAUGCAGGAUAUGAAACCAACUGCGUUGAGAUUCUAUGAGAGCUCCGGUGUUACGGUUCGACACAUAAGCAUCAUUGUUAAUAGUCCAUUGUUCCACUUGAAAUUCGAUAAUUCAAGCUUUAUAAAUGUCAACAAUGUUACGAUGGUUUCCCCUGGGAGUAGCCGAAACAAAAAUGGAAUUCAUCUCCAAAACAGCCAACAUGUAGAAAUCCAACACUCCAACGCUGCUUUAGGUGAAUGGAAACUUUUGCAAAGCAACAUUGGGGUUUCAGCAAUGCACAUGCAACUGCUUCACAAUGAUCGUGUGAUUAUCUUCGAUAGGACCAAUUUCGGUCGUUCUAAUCUAUCGUUGCCUAAUGGUGUGUGUCGUCAUCGUAAGGAUGAGGUUCUUAAGGUGGAUUGCACAGCUCACUCCAUUGAGUACAAUGUUGAUGCUAACUCGUUUCGGCCAUUAAUGGUUCAAACCGAUACGUGGUGCUCUUCGGGAUCUGUUUUGGCGAACGGGAGUUUACUGCAAACAGGAGGCCACGAUGCUGGUAAAAAGAAGUAUAGAGUUUUCCGUCCCUGUGCUACCUGUGAUUGGCAAGAAUUCGAUGGUUUGAAUGCGCCAAGAUGGUAUGCUACAAAUCAUAUAUUGCCUGAUGGAAGGGUUAUUGUUAUUGGUGGUCGACGGGCGUUUAGUUACGAAUUUUACCCGACAACAAAAACACUUAUCAAUUUCCCAUUUCUAGUUGAAACAAAUGAUAAAGGUGAAGAGAAUAAUCUAUAUCCUUUCGUUCAUCUAAAUGUAGACGGAAACUUGUUCAUCUUUGCGAAUAACCGAGCUAUCUUAUUCGACUACAACAAAAACACCAUCGUACGAACGUACCCACAAAUACCUGGUGCCGACCCAAGAAAUUAUCCAAGCUCAGGUUCAUCAGUACUACUUCCCUUGAGCGCUGCUGGCACUGAAGCUGAGGUUUUGAUUUGCGGCGGUGCACCGAAAGGUUCGUAUGCUCAAGCCAAGAAACGAAUCUCCUACCUCACUGCUUUGAGGACAUGUGGGAGAAUGAAAAUUACAGAUUCUUCACCUCAAUGGUUCGUGGAAAGCAUGCCAACACCUAGGGUCAUGGGUGAUAUGGUUUUACUUCCUGAUGGCAGUGUUUUAAUCCUUAAUGGCGCUUCAAGUGGAACAGCUGGGUGGGGAUUCGCUCGAAACCCGGUUCUAAGUCCGGUUAUUUAUCGACCAGACAAUGCAGUCGGAUCAAGGUUCGAAAUACAAGCUCCAUCAAGUAAACCAAGAAUGUACCACUCCACUGCAGUUUUACUGAGAGAUGGUAGGGUCCUAAUAGGUGGCAGUAACACCCAUGAUGGUUACAAAUUCUAUGGAGUUGAUUUCCCCACCGACUUGACUUUAGAAGCGUUCUCGCCAGCAUAUUUGGGUUCAGAGUUCGCCAGUAUCCGACCUACCAUUCUAUCUCCUACAGCACAAACAAAUCUCAAGUAUGGAGAAAUUUUGAGGGUUCGGUAUACAGUUUCAGGCAGACUUAGCCCACGGGGAGUAACUGUUACAAUGAUAUCCCCUUCUUUCACGACGCAUUCUUUUUCGAUGAACCAAAGGUUUCUGCAUUUGGGAGGUGGAAACUCCCUUAAGGUCUCAAACUCAACAUACAUUACUCAAGUAAGAACGCCCAAGUCUAGCACUCUCGCCCCAUCCGGGUACUACAUAUUGUAUGUUAUUCAUCAAGGUAUUCCUAGUGAGGGAACUUGGGUUCAUAUCGAGUGAUUUUAUAUCUUUCUCGGUUAGUAGAUUGUAAUAGCAUUUAAGUGUGGAAAUUAGAAUAUAUUUACGCAUUCGAAGUAUUGAAAAACUUGAAACGAUUGUAUCAUUGGCAAUGAAAUUAUUGAGCAUUUUGUUAA